AUGUCAAACUGCAUUUUCUGCAAGAUCGUGGAGGGGGCUAUACCGUGUCACAAGGUCGCAGAGACGGCGAAGGUGCUGGCCUUCAUGGAUGUCAAUCCCCUCUCGCGCGGUCACGUGCUGGUGAUCCCCAAGACGCACGCCGAGUUCCUGCACGAGGUGGAGCCGGAGACGGCGGGGGAGAUGGGAACGCUCGUGGCGAAAAUCAGCCGCGCUGUGGCUGGUGACGGAGAGCCCAAGACGCAGUACAACAUUCUGCAGAACAACGGUAGGCUCGCCCACCAGGAGGUGCCGCACGUGCACUUCCAUAUCAUUCCGAAGCGCAGCGCGGAGGAGGGCCUCGGUGUGCGGUGGAACACCAUGGAGACGAACCACGCGCUCUUCGCCGAGGACGCUGCACAAUACAGGAAUGCGCUAGAGAAGCUAUGA